CCGCGCUGUCCCCUGUCCCCGCAGCGGGCGGGCACCAGCCGGGGAGGAAGAGGAGGAGGAGGAGGAGUCAGUGCCGCCGGUCCAGGCAGCGCUCCCAGCUCGGGCAGAGCAGGUGGAGGGGCCGCAGGACAUGGAGGGGCUGAGCCAGCGCUGCCCGCUGCCCCCGGCUUCCCAGGGCUGCCCCCGGCCCGGCCGCGGCACCUUGGUGCUGGUGCUGACGCUGUUGGUGCUCAUGUACCCCCUGCUCCGGGGCCUGGCUCUGCACCUGCACUCUGCUGUCACUGGCAGCUACAUCCCAGGGACACAUUCCAUCGCCUUCGUCAACUGCCUCAACGAGCAGAUCGCCAGGGACAUCGCCAGGGCCAUCAUGGAUAAGAAACUGGCUGCCUACGUGAACAUCCUGCCCAAGAGCUCAGCCUUGUAUUUCUGGAAAGGGGAGCUGGAAGAAUCCACUGAAAUACUGCUGUUGGUGAAGACAAGGACGUCCAAAAUAGGGGAAUUGUCCAACUACGUCAGAUCCAUCCAUCCCUUUGAAACCCCCGAAAUCAUCAGCCUGCCUAUUGACCAAGGAAACCCUCUGUACCUCAAAUGGAUAGAGGAGAACGUGCCACGGGACUGAGAAGUGCGAAGUGCACCUCACUUCUGGGGAGAUCGGGAUCCUGCUGUGCCAUGUGGGAGGCGGCUUUUAUCUUCGAGGAUUUGCGGUAACACAGGAGCUUGGGAAACAUCCCCUCCUCGGCCUGCCCGGGGAGCGCUGAGCAGCCCGGAGCCGGUGCAAGCUGAGCUGGAGAAGGGCCGCCCGCACCAAAGGCUGUGGAUGAGGAUACGCGGAGAUGUUCCUGUCAGGACACUCGGGGGCUGCCUCAGGCUGCCAGCAGCGAAUUCCAGCUGGGAGCCGUGGCCUGGCAGCCCCUGCAGUGCCAUGUGUCCCCACAGCCAGCCCCUGAACCCUGCCUGGCCCCCUGCUCCCCCGCAGCGGCGGUCCCGGCAUCCUUCCCCAGCCCGGAGGCUGCAGGAUGUGGCCGGGCACCCCGCGCCGUGCGGCUCCCGCCCUCCCCUGCCGGCAGCCAGCGUGCUGCUGGAGUCUGACACAAUCCAAGGAAGUGGCAAACUCCAGCAGAUGCCGCGAGGAUUUAGCAGGAGCCGCGAGCAGCACACACAGACUCGGCCCUGCCACGGAGAGCUGGGGUGGGCUGGGCGACAUCCACGGCCACUUCAGGGAAGCCAGGUGCCAGCAGGACCACGACACUGCCCUGGCCCUGCAUCCCUACCCCCACCUGAACAGGGGCUUUCUGCCUAGGCCACACUGAGCCUUGUAGAAAGAUCCUUAUGUUAAUGGUUCAUGGGAUAUAACUUAAUGGAACAUUUUCGAGUUAUUUAUGGGAUGGAGAAGGGAAUAAACAGGAGCGUUUCUUA